AGGGGCGACCCGGAGCACACUCGGCGCGGGGGCCAGGCGUUGUACGACCUGGUGUACGACGCGGCCCCCUGGCACGAGCUGCUGCCGCGCGGUCACACCUUUAGCGUGGAGCCGCGGCUGUGGAGCUGCACCGACCUGACCUCAUCGCACCUCGUGUGGGCCCGAACCAAGGACGCAAUCUGCGACAGCAUUCGCCAAUACAGGUCCGACAAGCCCGCCCCGCCCCCCCGCGGCCAGGUGGCCGACGUGCCGCUGUUCGUCAGCUGCUACCGGGACCACGUGCGCAUCUUCCGGGACAUGAGCGGGGAGUCGCUGCACAGGCGGGGCUACCGCGAUGUCAUGCACCGGGCUGCCCUCAACGAGGCGGCGGCUGCGGGGCUGCUCACGCUGGCGGGCUGGGGGGAGGCGCUGGCGGCGGCAGGGGGGGACGGGGAAGGCCUAGUCCUGGCGGACCCCAUGUGCGGCUCCGGCACACUGCUCAUUGAGGCGGCCCUCAUGGCGCGGGACAUCGCACCCGGCCUCGCCCGCUCGCUGCUGCUGCCUGAUGAUACUUCGGCUAGCUCUUCUCGCAGGGAAAGCAGCAGCAGCAGCCGCAGCGGGGGAGGAGGCAGGGGGAGGGGCAGCGGCAGCAGCAGCAGCC